AUGGCUCCAUUCGCGACCGGUACCCAUACUCCCCACACCGUCGACGGGUCGCCUAUCCUCGCCGGCGUCGAGGCCUCACACAUCACGGUCCUGGCCUCUUCAAGAGCCGUCAUCGAAGACAGAUUCACCGCUGCCACCAUCGUCAUCUCAAUCACGACCGGCAAGAUCACAUCCAUCUUCCAUUCCGUACUACCUCAGUCUUCGUUUCCUCCAGGCACACCGUACACGGACUACAGCCCGCACGUGCUGAUACCGGGGCUCGUCGACGCUCAUGUGCACCUCAAUGAGCCGGGAAGGACGGAAUGGGAGGGUUUCUACACUGGCACACAAGCUGCGGCGUUUGGAGGAGUCACCACAGUCGUGGACAUGCCUCUGAAUGCCAUUCCACCCACCACAACAAUGCAAGGGCUGAAAGAGAAGGUCGAGGCUGCACAGAAUAAAUGCUGGGUCGACGUUGGCUUCUACGGAGGCAUCGUGCCAGGCAACGUCCACGAACUGAAACCGCUAGUCCGGGCUGGAGUCCGAGGCUUCAAAGGCUUCCUCAUUGACAGCGGGGUCGAAGAAUUCCCGGCCGUCUCGGCAGCAGACAUCGCAUCCGUCUUCAGAGAACUAGCAGACGAACCCACCACAGUCAUGUUCCACGCAGAGAUGAUCCCUCCCGUCUCGGCAUCAGUAGGCGACGACGUCCAAUGGUCCCUUCCACCCCUCCAGCCCACCGGUCCAAUCGACAGAUACCAAACUUUCCUCGACUCCCGCCCUGCCUCCUUCGAAGUCUACGCCAUCCUCCAAGUCCUCUCCCUGGCCCACCUCGCUCCCAAUCUGCCCUUACACAUCGUCCAUCUCUCCGCAAUCGAGGCAAUCCCCAUGCUCCGCUCCGCCCGCGACAAGGGAGUCAAAAUCACCGCAGAAACCUGCUUCCACUACCUCAGUCUCGCAGCAGAGAAAAUUCAAGACGGAGAUACAAGACACAAAUGCUGUCCUCCGAUCCGAUCCGCUUCGAACCAGGACGGUCUGUGGGAGGAACUGCUCAGACUUGGAGGAGGAGAAGAGGGAGAGGAAGAGGUCUCCGAGAGCGUCAUCAAGACCGUCGUGUCGGAUCAUUCACCCUGUACGCCGAAUUUGAAACUCCUGCCCUCGCACGUCCCCGGGAGUUGCGGUGCAUCCGCGAACGGAGAAGAAGAGAAAGGAGGAGAUUUCUUCACCGCCUGGGGCGGAAUCUCCUCCGUCGGUCUGGGUCUCAGCAUCCUCUGGACGGAAGCCCUGCGUCGCGGCCACGACCGCACCAACACCCUCUUGAACCUCACCAAAUGGUGUUGCGGCAACACCGCCCUGCAAGUCGGGCUGGAAAAACGAAAAGGGACGUUGAAAGUCGGCAUGGACGGGGAUGUAUGCGUCUUUGACGACGAGGGGGAAUUUGUCGUCGAGAGGACGAGCAUGCUGUUUCGGAAUAAGUGUUCCCCAUAUGAGGGGAAAGUGUUGAAGGGGUUUGCGCGGGAGACGUGGCUCAGGGGGAGGAGGGUGCAUGUGAGGAGGGAAGGGGAAGGAGGAGCAGGAGGAGGGUUCGUGGGGAAGAGGCCUGAGGGGGUGUUGCUUUUGGAGCCGAGAUGUUAG